UAGUACCUACACUGCUGCAGAUUCAUCAUCUCAUCUCAUCUCAUCUAAUACUCUCUCUCUCUUUCUCUCAAAUCUCAAAAGUAAAGUCACCAUGAAUUCGUAUGACCAAAAGCCAACAUACGAGAAGUACACAGUACCACCAGCUCAGGCGCCGGAGUACACCCCAACGGGGAUUCCGGUGAGCUCCUCCGGCACAUACUAUAGCGGAGGCGGCGACGGAAGCAGCUACGGCACAUCCCACACCGGACAACCCCUUCCUCCCCGCCCCAGACCUCUCGUCCCCUGGUCCACCGGCCUCUGCGAUUGCUUCUCCGAUGUCAAAAACUGCUGCAUAACUUGCUGGUGCCCUUGCAUUACCUUCGGCCAAAUUGCUGAGAUCGUAGAUAAGGGAUCUACUUCAUGUGGAGCGAGUGGGGCUCUGUACACACUGAUAAUGUGUGUGACCGGAUGUUCGUGCUGUUAUUCGUGCUUCUAUAGAUCAAAGAUGAGGCAGCAACACAGUCUCCAUGAGAGCCCUUGCAACGAUUGCUUGACUCAUUGCUUCUGUGAAAGCUGUGCCUUGUGCCAAGAGUACCGUGAGCUCCAGAACCGUGGAUACAACAUGGAAAUUGGUUGGCAUGGAAAUGCGGAGGAGAAGAAUCGUGAGGUGGCAAUGGGUCCCGUGCCUCCAGCUGUGGAAGGAUGCAUGACUCGUUAAUCAUUUAUAUAUAAUAAUUAGCUUCUUCUAUGUAUAAUAUUAAUUAUGUAUUUAAAUUAGAUUAAUCGAGUUUGUGCUGGGUUUAUGUUAUUAUUAAUUACAUUUUUGUGUUGUAAUAAGUAUAUCAACAUGUAUAAAUAUGUUGCAUCUAUAUUGGAAGGAAAAAAACAAUAUUUUGCCGAGUUCAA